AAUGAUAAUAAUAAUCUGAGUCAAAUCCGCAUCUGUUUUCGCUUUCCUUGCUCCAUCGACGCCAACCCCAUUACCCCAACCUUUUUCAGAUCAAACACUUACCAUUUCUCUAUAAUUUAGUCUCCGAUUGCCACCCCAAGUCCACUUUCUUUUAUAUAACUAUUCCGACGCGGAUUUCUCUGGUUGCGCGUUCAAGAUUCAGCCCUCUCUGCUUUUGUAUUGGAUCUGAUACCCCCUCUCCUCUCACUCGGCCUUCGCCUUCUCCUCAGUCGGCGAAGAAGAACCCGCUGCUACAAUUUGCUCCUAUCGCCUCUUUCAGCUCAAGAUCGACGCCCCAUUUGAGUUCUGAUUCACACCCAGAUAUAUCUUUGAUCCAAUGGCGGUUGCCGUCAGAGGAGGCCGAGGAUCAGGCCUGGGUGGAUUCAGCCUCCGUAGCUUCUUCUCCUACCGGAUCUUCGUCUCUGCUAUCUUCACCCUCCUCUUUUUUGCAACGCUUACCGUGCUUCUGAGUACCAAUCCUUCCACGACGCAGGAUGACUCUGCGCUUCCUACAACUGGUAAUGCCUACGUCCAUCGUACCUUUUUGGCCUUACAAUCUGACCCACUUAGGACACGAUUGGAUUUGAUAUACAGGCAAGCUAACGAUCACAUAACACUUGUGAAUGCGUAUGCCGCAUAUGCGAGGAAGCUCAAGCUUGAAAUUUCUAGGCAGUUGAGGAUGUUUGAUGAAUUGGCACAAAAUUUUUCGGAUAUUUCGCUAAGGCCAACGUAUCGAGCAUCUCUGUUUGAGUCAGAUGGGCCGGUCGAUGAGGACGUUCUGAAGCAGUUUGAGAAAGAGGUGAAGGAUAGGGUAAAAAUUGCGAGAUUAAUAAUGGGAGAGGCAAAAGAGAAUUACGAUAAUCAAUUAAAGAUUCAGAAGUUGAAGGAUACCAUAUUUGCCGUUAAUGAGUCUCUUACAAAGGCAAAGAAGAAUGGGGCUAUAGCAAGCUUAAUUGCCGCCAGAUCAGUUCCUAAGAGCUUGCAUUGUUUGGCAAUGAGGCUAAUGGGAGAGAGGAUCUUAAAUCCAGAGAAAUAUAGGGAGGAGGAACCUGAGCCAGAGUUUGAAGACCCCAGUUUGUACCAUUAUGCAAUAUUUUCAAAUAAUGUGAUAGCUGUCUCAGUGGUGGUGAGAUCUGUGGUAAAGAAUGCAGCAGAACCAUGGAAGCAUGUUUUUCAUGUGGUUACAGACAGAAUGAAUGUUGCUGCGAUGAAGGUUUGGUUCAAGAUGAGGCCAGUUGAAGGAGGUGCACAUUUGGAAGUAAAGGCUGUAGAAGAAUACACAUUCUUAAAUUCAUCAUAUGUCCCAGUGUUGAGGCAAUAUGAGUCAGCAAAACUGCAGGAGUUUGAGAAUCGGGCUGAGAACAUAACAGAAGAUGCUCUGUUGAGAUCUAAACACAUGUCCCUGUUGAGUCACCUACGAUUCUAUUUGCCAGAGAUGUACCCUAAAUUGCAUAAAAUCUUAUUAUUGGAUGAUGAUGUUGUGGUUCAGAAAGACUUGACAGGUUUGUGGAAGAUUGAUUUAGAUGGUAAGGUGAAUGGUGCUGUGGAGACCUGCUUUGGCCCCUUCCACAGAUAUGCCCAAUACUUGAAUUUUUCUCAUCCCUUAAUCAAGGAGAGAUUCAAUCCAAAAGCCUGCGCUUGGGCUUUUGGAAUGAAUAUAUUUGAUCUUGAUGCUUGGAGGAGUGAAAAGUGCACAGAUCAGUACCAUUACUGGCAGAAAAUGAAUGAAGACGGAACAUUGUGGACAUUGGGGUUGCUUCCACCCGGUCUGAUUACCUUCUACUCCGCAACCAAGUCACUGGACAAAUCCUGGCAUGUGCUUGGGCUAGGAUUCAAUCCCAGUAUUAGCAUGGAUGAGAUCAACAAUGCUGCCGUCAUUCAUUACAGCGGAAACAUGAAACCUUGGCUUGAUAUUGCUUUGAACCAAUAUAAAAAUCUUUGGACCAAGUACGUGGACAAUGAUAUGGAAUUUGUGCAGAUGUGCAAUUUUGGCCUCUAGUUGAGUUAACCAGAUGCUCGAAGUAUCAACGACUAUUUACUGUGUUCCUUCAGAAUUUUGGAUGCCAUGUCAACAGCCUUCAGAGCAAAGCUCUGUGUUGAUGCCACCUGAUGAUUCCGUAGAUUUUAAUCUUCAGAUGGCGAGCUUUAAGUAUGAAAAAUUGGAUUGGAAAUUGUACACGUAGUAUUAUUCUUUUUAUUUGAGCCUCUUUAGUAUUUCUUUAUCUGCUGAUGACAAAGCGCAACUCUUCACCUUUUCUUUUAAUACCCCUCCAAGACGGGCAUUCUUGUUUUCUUCUGAAUGUAUCUUUACUUUGUGUCCGUAGUUGAUAAAAUUACAUGCCACACAGGAAGGUCUUUUGGAAGCGUGCAUCGUCUACACUCUGCUCUGAUGGUGUAUCUGUUUAGAAUAAAAUGUUAACAUUUCAACAGGAUAAGUAGUUUUGGCUU